ACUAGCACACUGUUUCCGCUAGAUGGCUGGCUGUAAUUUUCUCAUCCGCGUGAGAAGAGCCUUUAAGUAACUUCCGGACUCUUUAGCUCGCGAGAUAGCUACUCUUUGGGAGGUGGACCAAACCAUAAAUGCAAGGGGCGACUUGUUUUUGAUCUGACCAGAAAUAGCUUCGAUCGCGGAGCACACGCAAUACCCCGAGAAUAUUUUUGGUGUGAUCCAAUGUGGCGGAGGCAGCGUGGGUAGUUGGGGACUGCUAGGAGUUUAUGGCGUGUUGGUGAUCUUGUCUGACAGCUCUCCGUGUACAUUUCAGAAUGCCUCACCGAAAGAAGAAACCAUUUAUAGAAAAUAAGAAAGCAGUCACCUUUCACCUGGUGCACAGGAGUCAGAGGGAUCCAUUAGCCGCUGAUGAAACUGCUCCUCAGAGAGUGUUGUUGCCUGCUGAUAAGGCAGAUACAGAAAAACGUAAAGAAGAACAAAGAGAUUUUGGGGUUUUCUUUGACGACGACUACAAUUACCUUCAGCACCUCAAAGAGAGGGGCCCUUCAGAGCUUAUUCCCUCAGCGACCAGCAAGUCAAAGAGCUGCAUUAUCACUGAUCAGGAUGGUGACAAGGAAAAGGAGCCUCAGCAUGUUCCCGGACCAUCAAUAAAUUUACCAUCCUCCGUGUUUGCUUCUGAGUUUGAGGAAGAUGUUGGAUUGUUAAAUAAAGCAGCUCCUGUUCGAGGUCUAUGUCUUGACUUGGAUCCAGAUAUUGUGGCAGCUUUGGAUGAAGAUUUUGACUUUGAUGAUCCAGAGAAUCAGUUGGAUGAUGACUUUAUCUUACAGGCUAAUAGUGAUGACCUCCGGAGAUCAUCCCAUGAAAAAGAUGAUGAUGACGAUGACUGGGAGGAUGUUGAGAGUGGGAGUGAGGAAAAUGACUAUGAUUCAGAUGGAACUGUUUCAGAUGAGGAUGAUGGGGAGGGUGAUGGUGCCAGAAAAGAGUUUCUGUUUAUGCAAGAGGAAACGAAAAGUCGUUUUACAGAAUAUUCCAUGACAUCAUCUGUUAUUAGGAGGAAUGAGCAACUCACCCUUCUUGAUGAAAGAUUUGAAAAGUUUUAUGAACAAUUUGAUGAUGAUGAAAUCGGAGCCUUGGAUAACACAGAAUUGGAAGGAUUCAUUGACUCAAACAGUGGUCGAUUGGAAGAAGUAAUAAAUGAUUACUACAAGCAAAAAGCAAAAGACUGUGUGAAACUGAAAAACCUAACACCUAGAGAUGGUAUGGAUUCAGUCACUGAGGAAGAUGACGAGGACAAAGAAGAUAUGCAAACUAUAGUUAUUGAGGAGCCCAGAGAAAAGUGGGACUGUGAAUCUAUCUUGAGUACGUACUCUAACUUAUACAAUCACCCACAGAUUAUCAAGGAUCCACCCAAGGCAAAACUAAUACGCGUAUCUGUGAAAACUGGUAUUCCUAUGGAUGUCCUUCCUGGAAGGGGACUCACUGCCAAGCAGGUUGAACGAAUGGAAAUGAUUAACAGUAGUGACAUACCUAGGGUGUCAACACAUCCACGCAAGGAUGAAUCAAAAGAAGAGCGCAAAGCUAGAAAACAAGCCAUUAAAGAAGAGCGCAAAGAAAGAAGAGUGGAAAAGAAAUCCAAUAAACUGGCAUUCAAAGAAGAAAAAAGCAGACAAGUAAAAGAGCAGCUUAAUCUUAAACAGAAUCUUCAAGGGCUCAAGCUAUCUUAACAAAAUUGUUAACUGGAGCUGCCCCUUUACGACUAUGAAGAAGAGGAGACUGACACCAAAUUAUCAUACCAGCACGACCAACACAAUUUGCAUUGCCAGUGCUGAAACAGAAUGCUGAACUGUAUUCAGCAAAAAUUCCUUUCAGAAGAAGAUACAAUAGGGAUUGUAAAAAAAAAGAGAAUUUCGAUAAACUUAAUUUACUAUUUUAAUAUAAAACUGUACAUUAUCCUUAAUAUGGAUUGUGUUUAUUGCCAUUUGACAUCUAUCAAACAUGAUCCUUAUACAUGGCCAAGUGAAUAAAUGUCCCUUCAUCUUUUUAUGUAUUAAAUAUAUUUUUGGUUUGGCAUCUUCUAGCAUUAUAUCUUAAUAGUGGAGGUCAAGAAAUCUCAGUAAGUAAUCUCUAAGUAAGAUUCAGGGGCUGGAAAAUGUAAAGAGGGAUGAAAAAAAGAUCUGUUUGAUCAUUACAAUUUUGUGGUCACACCACCUAAAUACCACACCCAUUUUACAAAAUUUGGGCAGGUUAUGGAAAGGUUACAACACAUUUCUGGGACUUUUAGGGUCAUGUUGUAUGUAUUAUAAUAAAUAGUUCUGCUAAUAAAGUGUGAGUCCCUGUUCCACCAA